AUGUCGCGCAGCUUAUGCAUAUAUUCGGCCAUCUACCUCCAAGGCUGGCUACAGCGGUUGAACGAUGCAGAAGACGAAGCCAGAGAACAGGCGCUUCUGGACGGCAUACCUGAAGACGAUAUUGAGCUGGACGUCCCCUUGCCAGAUGUGACCUUUCAGGACGCAAAGCGCAUUGUGAACUGCUCUGUCAGGGGCGGCAUUCGCGAGGCCUCGACGACUUUCAUUCGGCGCAACUUGGAAUGGGCGUUUUCUGUCAGGCUGAGCGAUCGGAUAUCUUGGAAGCUUGUGAAAGACUUCCCGCCGUCUGCCAAGAGGAAGCUGCAGAAACACAAUCCCUUUGUGGCCAUGGCGCUGAGUGCGCGCACCACGCUGCGCUCCGGCGUCUUCAUGCAGGUCGCCGACUUCAUCUUCUGCACCACCAUGGAUGCCUACAGGCUGCUGGUGGUGCCCUUUCUGCCGGAGAGCUGGCAGCGGUGCCUGGGUCUGCGCCAGUGGGGCUUUCCCCCUGCCCAGCUGCACGAGCCAAACCCACUCAAUGCGGCACUGGACGAAGCAGCCGCGGCUGCCCCUGCUCUGGAUGCAGAUGCAGGGCCCCCCGCUGAGGAAGCAGAUGCAGCAGCCCCCGCUGGGAAUGUGCUUGCAGGAGCCGCUGCUGAAGAUGCAGAUGCAGAUGACCUUCCCGCUGCUGAGGAUGCAGACGCACCAGCGCCUGCUGAGGGCGAGCCUGCUGCGCUGGUAGUGCCAGAGGAGAAGGAUGAGGGAUCCCCGGCAGAGUGGAGCUGGCGCUUUGGUCUGCUGGCCAAGAAGGUCACCGGUAAUGCGGCUCGCUGCUGCGUGAGCCUCGGUGCUGCCUCGCUAGGUGCCGGCCUGACAGCCAGUAUCUUGCCAAGCACAGUCCUCGCGCUCGCAUGCAACGGUGCAGACAUGGCGGUCGGAAUCUUUGUGACAGGUCCAGACCUCAAUGAUUGGUAUGAGCACAAUCAAACGCCCUGGAGGACGUUCGGCCUGGCAGCGUUCUGUGCAUCGGUCGCCGUCGCUGUCUUGUUGGAAGGGUCGAGAGGGCGCGCAAAGUAUGCUUGA